GCUCGCUUCAAUCACCUAUGUCGAACGCCGUCGCCAACGGCCUCGCCGGCGCCGGAGGCGGCAUCAUUGCUCAAAUCAUCACUUAUCCUCUCCAGACGGUGAAUACGCGGCAGCAAACCGAGCGAGUAGCGAAGAAAGGCCUGAGCAGCGCCGAUAAGAAAACUUUGCCUUCUCAGACACGGCCUGCGGCAGGCACUCUCCUUCAGAUCCUCCAGGUUCUGAAGACGGAAGGUUGGGGUGGACUUUAUAGCGGACUCAGGCCUUCUUUAUUUGGCACGGCGGCUUCGCAGGGAGUCUACUACUAUUUCUAUCAGGUUUUCAAAAACAAGGCUGAGACCAUUGCCGCUGCUCGUAAGGAGAAAGGUCGCGGGGAUGGAACUGUUGGUAUGUUCUCUUGGCUUGUUGUGGCAGCUAUUGCUGGGUCCUUGAAUGUGUUACUGACCAAUCCUAUUUGGGUUCUUGUCACUCGGAUGCAGACGCAUACGCAAGCAGAAAGAAAAAUAAUGGAGGGCAAGAAGGAAGCUCUAUUGGCUGAAGCAUUGGAAAGGGGUUGGGAAGAAUCUACCUUACACGAUAAAUUGGCUGAACUUGAAUCAGUGAAACCUUGUCCAUAUGGUACUCUUCAGGCGGCUCAGGAGGUGCACAGGGAAGCAGGGGUUGCUGGAUUCUGGAAGGGUAUUCUUCCAACAUUAAUAAUGGUUUGCAACCCAUCAAUCCAAUUCAUGAUCUAUGAAACCUCCUUAAAGCACUUGAGAGCAAAGCAUUCUGCUAGUAAGCCGGGAUUGAAAAAUGUGACUGCUUUGGAGGUUUUCUUGUUGGGGGCUUUGGCAAAACUCGGGGCAACUAUCUCAACAUACCCUUUGCUAGUUGUGAAGUCAAGGUUGCAAGCGAAACAGGAGAUCGGGGGAAAUGUUGCUUUGAGAUACACAGGUACACUUGAUGCGAUCAUUAAAAUGAUCCGUUAUGAAGGAGUGCAGGGAUUUUAUAAGGGUAUGAGCACAAAGAUAGUACAAAGUGUUUUUGCAGCUUCUGUGCUAUUCAUGAUCAAGGAAGAACUUGUCAAGGCUUAUAUGCUGCUGGCAGAUAAGGGGCAGAAGGUUAUGUUGAAUUUGCCUAAACGAUCACUCCUAAAGAUAUAAAUCAAUUAAUUAUAUACUUGUCAAGUUUCACCUACCUACAGUAUUUGCAUUGCCUGUUGAUGUGCAAAUAUUAUCAAUACAAUCGUGUUGGACUGCUUUUUGGUUCCUUAUGUAGGUGAUAAAAUCAAAAUCUUGUACUUGAGCUGCCUGAUUAUUGGUCCCACCAAUUACUUUUUGUUCUAUUUUACUCUGUAACUAGUGCAUUUAAUUAAUAGUAGUAGUAUGGUCAAUAUUUAAGAAA